GUGGACCAAACACGACUCAUUGUUUCCUACCGUGCAGCUGGAGAGGGAGGUCCCGCGCCUGCUUUGUGUUGUGACAUCCAAAACUCACAAGUUCCAGUUUUCAAAUGGACAUUUUGUCGGUUUCAUUACGCGCGUGUGAAGCUAUGCGACCACCAUGUUUCGUGUCCACAGUGGGAUACAUCACCGUGUGAGAAGAGAGACUUUGUUCCGCAAUGGCGAACCGUGAACGCAACAAAAAGAUCUUACUGGAACUCGUGAAGCAGGCGGACAACAGCCGGUGCGCUGACUGCGGCGCUCCCGAUCCAGACUGGGCAUCCUAUAAGCUGGGUGUGUUUGUGUGUCUGAACUGCUCUGGCAUCCACCGCAGCCUGUCCAGUCGGGUCAAAUCCAUAAAGCUGGACUUCUGGGAGGAUGACCUGAUGGAGUUCAUGAAAACCAAUGGCAAUGCCAGCGCUCGAGCUUUGUAUGAGAAAGCUGUUCCACCGUACUACUAUCGGCCUCAGGAAAAUGACUGUGUUGUUUUAAGGGAGCAGUGGAUUCGGGCCAAAUAUGAAAGGAUGGAAUUCACAGGAGAAACCAAGUAUCCACCCAUUUCAUAUACCACAGGGUUCUAUGAAGGGAUGCUGUGGAAGAAAGGGAAAGAGAACACACAUUUUCUGAAGAGGAAGUUUGUGCUGUCAGAGAGAGAAUUUACCCUGACUUACUACAACAAGGAAAAUGAAUCCAAAGGCCCUAAAGCUGUGAUCUCUAUCAAGGACCUAAACGCCACCUUUCAGCCUGAGAAAAUUGGUCAUCCUCAUGGGCUGCAGAUCACCUACCAAGAUGACGAUCAUACCAGGAGCCUCUAUGUUUAUCAUGAGAGUCCUGAGGAAAUAGUCACGUGGUACAACGUCAUCCGUGCUGCUCGCUAUGCAUACCUGAAAACGGCGUACCCAACUGGAAGCGACGAAGAACUGAUACCAAAGAUAACAAGAACCUACCUCAAAGAAGGAUACAUGGAAAAGACAGGGCCAUUGCAGAAGGAGCCAUUCAAGAAGAGGUGGUUUAUUUUGGACUCGGAAAACAGGAAGUUGUUCUAUUUCAAAGGCCAGUUGGAUGCGGAGGAGUUAGGGGUCAUAUUCAUUGGUACAGAGAGCAAUGGUUACUCUGUGAGGGAGUGUAUCCCAACGCAUGCUCGGGGAAACAAGUGGAAGUGUGGUGUUAUGGUGGAGACGCCGGAGCGACAAUUUGUCUUCAUGUGUGAGGAGGAGAGGGAGCAGAGAGAGUGGCUGGAUGCCCUCAGACAGGUCCUUCACAGGCCCAUGGCACCGCAGGAUUAUACCAUUGAAGCCAGCAUCAAGUAUAAAAAAUGAACUCCAGAGAGGUCUAUCAACAGGAUGAUAGGGAGAAGAACACUGUGCUUGAAAACACGAAGAGGUACUGCAAGAACUACUGCAAGCAACCCGAACUAUGACUCUAACAAUGCUCUGUACCACAGUGUGGAUUAAAGACUUCCAUCCACCUCCUUUGACACCAGAUCUGAUGUUCAGUCUUAGUCUUCAGAAAGUAUUGCAUCAUUAUGUAAAAUCACUCCUCUGACCAUAAACCACUGUCACAAUAUCAGCACUGUUGUAAUAGAAGAUUACAAACAUUGCAUAUCAUCAUGGUGUAUUUAUGAUGUUUCUUCUUUUUUUGAAUUUUAAAUUUCUGAAUGAACAAGCUUAUAAUUUUACCUUUUGUACUAAACAUGUUUCACUAUGCCCAAAAAGAAAAAAUACUUUUUAAAAAAAUGCUGUUUAAUUCAUAGAUUACAUGUGGGGUAUGUGUUGGAUAAAACUUUCAUUUAAAUCUUACUCUCUGCCCUUU